AGGGUUAAGGAAAGUGAACUGGGCUCCUAGAGAGGAAGGACGUUUGGGAAGGGGGACGCGGGGUCCUCCCGAGCGACUUGGGAUCCGCUUCCCGCCGCGCCUUCGCUGCUGGACUCUUUGCCAAGGGCUGCGCUUGGUGCCUCCCUCCCGGGAUCGGGACUUGUAGGACUUACCCCGAAUAAGGACAGGGUUUGGCAGAAGUGGGAGAAGUCUCUUGGGCCCUUUCGGAGGCUUCCUUGGAGCACAGAAAUCAAAGAUGGAAAAGCAAGAUUCAGUUGCCCCUGAAGCAGGAAGAAGUCCCUAUAUCAUCCAUGCUGGGAGCCCUGAGGAAUUCUGGGAAAGAACUGUGCAGAUGAACCUGGGUGAGGAGGACACCCUUAACUCAGAUGUACAGUGCCAGAGUUUCAGGCAGUUCUACUACCAGGUCAAAGGGCCCCGAGAUAUUUGCAACCGACUCCACCACCUAUGCCGUGAGUGGCUGAAGCUAGAGCACCACACAAAGAAUGAGAUCUUGGACCUGGUGAUCCUGCAGAAGUUCCUAGCUGUCCUUCCACCGGAGAUGGAGAACUGGGUGAGGGAAUGUGGAGCAGAGACCACUUCCCAGGCGGUGGCCCUGGCCGAAGGUUUCAUCCUGAGUCAGGCAGAGGAGGAGAAGCAGGCAGAGCAGCAGGUCAAGGCUCUCUUUGGAGAAGUGGCCACUGAUGUCCUGGAGUCACAGGAGGCUCUGUCAGAUGCCACAGAGUGUUCCCUUGAAAGGGGGAACAUUCAGGAGAGUGACAGACAUGCCAGUUCACUCAAUGGUGAAAUGAGGCCAGCAAGACCUCCUCAACUGUCUCUUCUUUGUGGUGGAGAAGAAGCAGCUGCUGUGGAAGAGGAUCAGGGUCCCGUGUCCUUUGAGGAGGUGGCUGUGCAUUUCACCGAGGAGGAGUGGGCUUUCCUGGAUCCUGACCAGAGGGCGCUGCACAGGGAAGUCAUGGAGGAGAAUUGUCGGAUCAUCACCUCUCUCGGUUAUGAAUGGGGAACUGAGAAUCAGGGAGAACGACAUGGGGUGUUCCCUGAAAGAAUCACAUGUCUUAAGGGGGAGCAGCAGAGAAGGAGAAUUGUAGAAGAAGAGAAGAGGAGGAAUAAAUCCUCUACUUCUCAGGGCAGUGACUGCCAUCAAAUCGCAGUCCAAGAAAAUGUAGAAAAAAGAAAAGAAAUGAAUACACAGCUCACUACACAUCAAAGAACUCAAACAGUGGAGAAACCAUAUAAAUGCUUGGAGUGUGGAAAGAGCUUCACACGUAAGGAUAAUCUCACUUCUCAUCAAAGAAUUCACACAGGAGAUAAACCAUUGAAAUGCUUGGAGUGUGGAAAGAGCUUCCUUUGGGAGAGAGACCUCAGUACUCAUCAAAGAAUUCACACAGGGGAGAAACCAUAUAAAUGCACUGAAUGUGGAAAGAGCUUCAUUAGAAAGUCUCAUCUCACAUCUCAUCAAACAAUACACACAGGGGAGAAACCAUAUAACUGCUUGGAGUGUGGAAAGAGCUUCUGUCUGAAGACAAAUCUCACUUUUCAUCAAAGGAUUCACAGAGGGGAAAAAGCAUAUAAAUGCUCUGAAUGUGGAAAGAGCUUCCGUCAGCAGGCACAUCUCACUUCUCAUCAAACAAUACACACAGGAAAGGAACCAUUUAAAUGCUUGGUGUGUAGAAAGAGUUUCCGUCUGAAUAAAAAUCUCAGUUUUCAUCAAAGAAUUCACAAAGGGGAGAAACCAUUUAAAUGUUUGGACUGUGGAAAGAGCUUAUUUUGGAAGACAGAACUCACUACUCAUCAAAGAAUUCACACAGGGGAGAAACCAUUUAAAUGCUCUGAAUGUGGAAAGAGCUUCUGUCAACAGGCACAUCUCACUUCUCAUCAAAGAAUUCACACAGGGGAGAAACCAUACAAUUGUUUGGAGUGUGGAAAGAGCUUUACACGGAAGAUGAGUCUCACUUCACAUCAACAUAUUCACAGAGGCGAAAAACCAUAUAAAUGCUUGGAGUGCGGAAAGAGCUUCUGUCUGAAGACAAAUCUCACUGUUCAUCAAAGAAUUCAUACAGGGGAGAAACCAUAUAAAUGCUUCGAAUGUGGAAAGAGCUUCCGUCAGCAGGCACAUCUCACUUCUCAUCAAACAAUGCAAACAGGAAAGGAACCAUUUAAAUGCUUGGAGUGUGGAAAGAGCUUCUGUCUUAAUAAAAAUCUCAGUUUUCAUCAAAGAAUUCACACAGAGGAGAAACCAUAUAAAUGCUCUGAAUGUGGAAAAAGCUUCCAUCGGAAGACAAAUCUCACCUCUCAUCAAAGAAUUCACACAGGGGCGAAACCAUUUAAAUGCUUGGAGUGUGGAAAGAGCUUUUCUCUGAAUAAAACUCUCAGUUUUCACCAAACAAUUCACACAGGGGAGAAACCAUAUAAAUGCUCUGAAUGUGGAAAGAGCUUCCGUCAACAGGCACAUCUCACUUCUCAUCAAAGAAUUCACACAGGGGAGAAACCAUACAGUUGUUUGGAGUGUGGAAAGAGCUUCACGCGGAAGAGGAGUCUCACUUCACAUCAAUAUAUUCACACAGGCGAGAAACCAUUCAAAUGUUUGUAGUGUGGAAAGAGCCUCUGUCUGAAGGCACAGCUCACUUCUCAUCAAAGAAUUCACACGGGACAAACCAUACAGUUGUUUGGAGUGUGGAAAGAGCUUCACGCAGAAGAGGAAUCUCACUUCGCAUUAGUAUAUUCACACAGGCAAGAAACCAUGUAAAUGCUUGAAGUGUGGAAAAAUCUGUCAGAAGGCAUAUCUCAUUUUGCAUCAAAGGAUUUAUACAGGGAAGGAACCUUAGAAAUGCAUGCCCUACUCAUCAAUUAAUUCACAACAGAGAAACUGAAUAAAUGCUUGGAAUGUGGAAAGACACGCCACACUUCUUAUCAAAAGUGUUCAUAGAAGAGGGACAGUAGAGAAGAGGGUUGAAUAUGGAAUAUUAUUCUGUCACUGUUGUCACCUCAUUUCAGAUUGGGGAUGGGCUGGUGAUGGAUGUGGCCUGGAGGAUGGAGCAUGGCUCAUGUGGGGAUCUGAGAGCCAGAUGGUGAGGCCUCAAGACCAACAUUCAUCUCCCACACCUACGGUUCCUCAUAGAAUCAUAGAAGAGUUGGAAGGGGCCUAUAAGGCCAUCGAGUCCAACCCCCUGCUCAAUGCAGGAAUCCAAAUCAAAGCAUUCCGGACAGAUGGCUGUCCAGAUGCCUCUUGAAUGCCACCAGUGUCGGAGAGCCCACUACCUCUCUAGGUAAUUGAUUCAAUUGUCGUAUGGCUGUAACAGUUAGGAAGUUUUUUCUGAUGUCCAAUCAAAAUCUGGCUUCCUGCAGCUUGAGCCCAUUAUUCCGUGUCCUGCACUCUGGGAUGAUCAAGAAGAGAUCCUGGCCCUCCUCUGUGUGACAACCUUUCAUGUACUUGAAGAGUGCUAUUAUAUCUCCCCUCAGUCUUCUCUUCUCCAGGCUAAACAUGCCCAGUUCUUUCAGUCUCUCCUCAUAGGGCUUUGUUUCCACUCCUCUAAUCAUCUUUGUUGCCCUUCUCUGAACCCGUUCCAGUUUGUCUGCAUCCUUCUUGAAGUGCGGAGACCAGAACUGGACAUAGAAUUCAAGAUGAGGGCUAACCAGUGCUGAAUAGAGGGGAACUAAUACUUCACGCGAUUUGGAAACUAUAUUUCUGUUAAUGCAGUCUAAUAUAGCCAUUGCCUUUUUUGCAGCCACAUCACACUGUUGGCUCAUGUUCAGCUUGUGAUCAAGGACAAUUCCAAGAUCCUUCUCACAUGUUGUACUGCUGAGCCAAGUAUCUCCCAUCUUAUAACUGUGCAUUUGGUUUCUUUUUCCUAAGUGUAGAACUUGGCAUUUAUCCCUGUUGAAUUUCAUUCUGUUGUUUUCAGCCCAAUGCUCCAGCCUAUCAAGGUCCCUUUGAAUUUUGUUUCUGUCUUCCAUGGUGUUAGCUAUGCUCCCCAAUUUUGUAUCAUCUGCAAAUUUGAUACGCAUGCUUUGUACCUCCUCAUUCAAGUUGUUAAUAAAAAUGUUAAAGAGCACUGGGCCCAGGAACGAGCCCUGUGGUACCCCACUCGUUACUUCCACCCAGUUUGAGAAGCACUCUUUGAGUAUGAUUCUGGAGCCAACUGUGGAUCCAUCUGAUUUCAUCCAGCCCACAUUUAGCUAUCUUGCUAAUCAGAAUAUCAUGGGGCACUUUGUCAAAAGGUUUGCUAAAGUCGAGAUAUAUUACGUCCACAGCAUUCCCACAGUCUACAAGGGAGGUUACCCGAUCAAAAAAUGAGAUGAGAUUAGUUUGGCAGGAUUUGUUCUUCAUAAAUCCAUGUUGGCUCCUAGUAAUCACUGCGUUGCUUUCAAGGUGCUUACAGAUUGACUGCUUUAUAAUCUGCUCCCUGCUAUAGAUGGAGAUUAACUGAUACCACUCACACACACACGCUCCCAGAAAGCCCACGCCCAUGUAGGAGUUUGAAAAAUUGAAAAUUUUGUUAAUUAUGUUCUCAGUGGGCAUAAAUAAAGGGGUCUAUCACAAAGGAUUUAUAAGAGCCUUGGCUAGACUUGAGUGGAAUAGUAGAAUUCACCCCCACAAUGAAAUUUGUAAGAGUUUUCCAUUGCAAUGCUACAGCUGCAUCCUGUUUUGCUUUGAGGAGGCAGAAAAUGAGAAAUAUAAGUAUGCAUUUGUGUGUGGGUGUGUAAGCCUAAAAUGCAAAAUGUAUUCAGCCUAAGAGUUUUGACAUACAUUAAUAUGUUAUUAUUUAUUUAUUUUAUUAAUUGUGCUUUUAUACCGCCCUUUAGCAAUAAGCUCUCAGGGCGGUGUACAACAAUAAAAACAGGUUAAAAUACAAGUGAAUAUACAUACAAUGCACUAUAAAAACAUAUAUGAAAACAAGAUUGCAACAAAAAGAAAUUAAAAUUAACAUUUGAAAUUUAAAAUUUAAAUGCCUGGGCAAAGAGGUAGGUCUUUACCUGGCGCCGAAAAGAUAACAAAGAAGGCGCCAGGCGUAUCUUGUCAGGGAGGUCGUUCCAUAAUUCGGGGGCCACUACUGAGAAGGCCCUAGUUCCAGUUAUUGCUCUCCGGGCCUCGCUAUGCGUUGGAACCCGGAGAAGGGCCUUCGACGUCAAGCGCAGCGAGCGGGUAGAUACAUAGCGGGAGAGGCGUUCCGCCAGGUAUUGCGGUCCGAUUAUUAGGUAGGAGGGCAUAGGUUUUGCAUACCAGGAAAGUAUGUCACUCCCUGACCAUACAGAGAUGGACCCUGUGUUGUCUGAGCCUAACAUUUAGGACCAGAAGCCUGAGCAUUGCUUUUGGGGAAAGGGGUGUGUCCCUCUGCUGAGUUCCUCCACUGGUAGAGUAUCAAGGAUCUGCCUCAGUGCUUGUAAGUAUCCAUUUUUAGUAGCCUUACUGUCUGAAAGUGACUGUGUAUACUUGUAGUUUUCUCAUUCCCAUCUUGAAUAAAGCAUUUAUAUCUUA